GAGGCCCCGGCCCCAACACGGACCGGGACCCCGAGGAGGCGUUAGGGGCGCGGGUCGGGGCGCUGGGACGCAACCGCCAGACCUCGUCCUCCACUCCUCCCCGCCGCGGGCCCCCGCGCUCCGCCGAGGUCGGCCCCGGGGCGCCGAGAGGCGUGGCCGGCCUCGGCGGACCCUGGAGGCGGCCAUGGCCUCGGUGGUGGAGUACAAGGGGCUCAAGGCCGGCUACCACUGCGGCUACUGCGACUCCGAGGAGGGCAAGGUGUCCUGCGGCAUGUGGGCACACUCCAUGACCGUACAGGAUUAUCAGGAUCUCAUAGACCGAGGAUGGCGGAGAAGUGGAAAAUAUGUGUACAAGCCUGUCAUGAAUCAAACAUGUUGUCCCCAGUACACGAUAAGGUGCCGACCUUUACAGUUUCAGCCAUCAAAAUCACACAAGAAGGUUUUGAAAAAAAUGUUGAAAUUUCUGGCCAAAGGGGAAAUUUCCAAAGGAAAUUAUGAGGAUGAUCCUAUGGAGCCCACCAUGGAGGACACCGUUGCUGGUGACUUUGGAUUAAUAAAUAAAUUGGAUAUACAAUGUGACCUUAAAACGCUCAGUGGUGACCUCACAGAGAGCUUUGACAGUGAAGAAAAGAAGAAAGGAAAAAGCCCAAAGAAAGGAGAAUCUAAUGAAUUCAUUCAGUCACAAGAUAUAGAGGAGAAGUUGGGCUCUGGUGAGCCAUCACAUCCAGUUAAAAUGCCCAUGGCUCCUAAGCCAGGCAAAGGAGCAGAUUUGAGUAAGCCUCCCUGUCGAAAAGCAAAGGAAAUCCGGAAGGAAAGGAAAAGGUUAAAACUGAUGCAGCAGAAUCCGGCUGGAGAACUUGAGGGUUUCCAGGCUCAGGGUGAACCACCGUCUUUGUUCCCACCAAAGGCUAAUAAAUCCAACCAGCCCAAAUCUCUCGAAGAUUUAAUUUUUGAAUCUUUACCAGAGAAUGCAUCACACAAGUUGGAGGUGAGGGUGGUGAGAUCAUCUCCACCAAGUUCUCAGUUCAAAGCCACAUUUCAGGAGUCUUACCAGGUCUAUAAACGUUACCAGAUGGUUAUUCACAAGGAUCCACCUGAUAAGCCAACUGUGAGCCAGGUGAGGUUAGUACCUGUCUCCUUUGAGGACCCAGAGUUCAAGUCGUCCUUCAGCCGGUCAUUUUCUCUAUAUGUCAAGUAUCAAAUGGCCAUACACCAGGACCCGCCCGAUGAGUGUGGGAAGACUGAGUUCACAAGAUUCCUUUGCAGCUCACCUUUGGAGGCGGAGAAUCCCCCUAAUGGACCAGAUUGUGGUUAUGGCUCCUUUCACCAGCAGUAUUGGCUUGACGGGAGAAUCAUUGCUGUGGGGGUGAUUGACAUCCUUCCAUACUGUGUGUCAUCUGUAUAUUUGUACUACGAUCCUGAUUAUUCAUUUCUGUCUUUGGGUGUCUACUCUGCACUACGAGAAAUUGCUUUUACGAGGCAACUUCAUCAGAAAACAUCUCAACUCAGCUAUUAUUAUAUGGGUUUCUACAUUCAUUCAUGUCCCAAGAUGAAAUAUAAGGGUCAGUAUAGACCUUCUGAUUUGUUGUGUCCUGAGACGUAUGUUUGGGUGCCCAUCGAACAGUGCCUGCCUUCACUUGAGAACUCAAAGUACUGCCGUUUCAACCAGGACCCAGAAGCAGUGGAUGAAGGUCGCAGUAAAGACCCUGACCGUUUGCAGGUGUUCCACAAGAAAGCCAUAAUGCCUUACGGCGUUUACAAGAAACAGCAGAAAGACCCGGGCGAGGAGGCCGCUGUGCUGCAGUACGCGAGGCUGGUGGGGCAGACGUGCUCCGAGCGGAUGCUGCUGUUCCGGAACUGAACCCGCGCCGCCCCCGCUCCCGCUCCCGCCCGGGCACCCACCCUGUGCCCGUGACGCGCGCCGCACGGUACAUGCCCCUCCCUCCGGGGACGUUCCGGACCCGCCCACAGAUUAGACUUUUUUAUUUUGACUAUUAUAUGGCUUUUCUAAAAUAUUUUGUGGCAAUGUAUUUGUGAGAAUCUCCUGGUUAAUACAAAGAUUUUAAAAAUACGUCGUGACCUAGCCUCAUAAUUGGGGCUUAUCAUUUUGGCAGUUUGUUUUAUGAGCAAGAUACAGUAUAAACUUCUCAUGUUACUAUUUUGGAAAGUAAAAUUAGUAAGUGGAUCUUAACUAAUUUAAAUCACUGUUGUGCUUUUUUUUUUGUCAAAGAAAUUACAACAGACUUCUCAGAUCCAUUCAACACAUUAGUUUACGCUACAAAACCUUACGUGUGGGGAGGACAGUGAGGGGGUCUGUCUCCCCACUUAGAAUACGUCUUCUCAGGAGAACGAGACUGUGUUGUUAUUCAGUGUUCAGUAUUAAAUUACUGCUGAAUGUUAUGUAGUUAAUAGAAAACUCAAAAGAAUAUAAACAUUGAAGAAAGGAUGUCAUGUGAACAUCAGAUAUUCAUUUACCCAGGACAGUCCUCAUCGUGUCUGUUGUCUUGACGGGAUUAGUUUUUCCUAGAACGAUUACUACAAGAGUAUCCCAGUUUGGACAGCAAAAUAUAUGGUUACCCUAGUUGUGUAGAUGAUUUGCCGUAUUUCUAAAAAUCUAAGAAGUGGAGUUUUCUUUGUGUUUGUUUCGGUUUUUUCAUUUUGUUUUUGUAAAAUAUUGGCUCCUGCCUUGGCCUAAUAAGACCCACCAGAAGUAAACAUACACUAAAUUUUUCAUUCCUUCGAACUCAGGACACUUGUCUUUGGUUGCUGAUUAAAAAUUAGUUAAUAUCGGACUACUAGCUGCACUACAAGUCACAUGUAACGAAGCACAGGAAUCAUUCUGACCUCUGUUCCGGGGCAAGAGGUGAACAAUCCGUGCCUUGCCCUCUGGUUUGCGAGUCACGGAGCAGGUGCUGCACUCAGGAAUUUGAGGCAGAGGCCGGCUUCUUUUUUCCCCUCUCACUUUCUUUUGUUUGGCCCCUCACCCAGUCAGCCAGUGUCCCUCGUCCACCACCGUCAAGGUGACAGGCACUGUGCCGGGAAGGAAGAGGAGACUCGCACAUCUCAGUUUGUAGCUAGAACGGAGUUGUGUUGGAGACCAUGAGCCACAGAGCAGUUGGUUUCUUGUGCUCUGUAUCAGCUCCUCCCCGUCUUCUGCAUCCAGCUGCUCGGCCACUAGUUCAUUUCAUACCCCAUUUUGCCUCUUUUCUGUUGAUCUUUU